AAAAUAUCGAUUUUCUUGUUGAAGUAAACUCCGAUAGUGUUCUGAGUGUACAGAUAGGGGAAGAUGAAGCCGAUUAAUUUGUUAUUUUUAACAAUUCUACAAUUUUUUUAUGUAAAUUGUGCAAUAUUUUUAUGGAGUAAUAAAGAAGUCGAUAUAUUCCCUUUACAAAAAUUCACUGACGAUGAUCUAGCCCAACUCGUUGGAAUGAUGGAUAACCCUAAAGUGAUGGCUUAUUCGAAUCCUAACCAAAAUUUGCCUUUGAAUCUCAAAAGUUUAGUGAAUGAUAGUUUUUCGGCUUACACUGCCAAUGAUGAUCUCUUGGAUGUAGAUACCAUAGCUUUAUCAGGUGAUGAAACCUCAGAUUUGAAGAGAAUUGAGAAAGAUGUGGAGGAAGCAAAGUACAAAAAUCAAGACACCUUGUUUUUUAUCAUAUCACCAACCGAAUUCAGAUCAAAGAGAGAAAUAGAAGAAGAUGAACUAAUCACAACUUCUCCGGAAUCAAAGGGUCCAGUUGCCUACAUUGGUAAAUCUAUAACAGAUGAAAAGUAUGGUAUAAUAUAUUCUUCAACUCCUUUACUCUUGAGAAUCAAUAAAACAGACUUAUAUUUAAACGGUAGAGAAAAUGAUUUGACCUCAGUAGACACUGUACCAAGGGAAUCUAUCACUAGGUUAAAUGUUAAUAUACUUCUAGCAGACAAGCGCAAAAUUAUGCUAAGAUUCAUUUUCUUGUGGGCAGAUUCCUACUGGUACCUCACAUCAGUGAGAAUAAGCGGUACAAGUUAUAAUACUACCUAUACGUUAGCUAUUGACAAGGAAGUUUAUGCCCCAGAACAAUUUUCUUAUCACUGCUCUGGAGAAACAGUAUUUUCAGACACUGUUAAUGACGUGUAUUUAUAUUUAACUAAUAUGCAAGUUCAAAUUGAUUCCUCUAAAGAAAGUUUUGGGGAUUCUUAUGAUUGUAUUUCCUUCACCACCGUACCUAUUUGGUCUGGAAUAUUUGUAUCCAGCCUGUUGAUUUUCGUAUUGUUACUUUCACUAGUAGCUCUUUGGGAUAUCAAAACUAUGGAUAAAUUUGAUAACUAUAAAACAAAACAACUAACAAUAACCGUAAGCGAAUGAAAGCAUUUAUUGUGGAUUGGAUUGAUCUGCUUUCAUCAAUCAUACUCAUAUAACUUGUUCAAUUUGAAUUUUUGCAAAAUAUAAAUUGAGUAGAUAAAGACCUGCUUUGAUAUUUUUAUCUUUUGAAAUUUAUUCAUCAAUAUUUAUUGAUAAAUAAAUAAUAAUGAAAAAAGUUCUUUAUUUAUCGUGGAAAUAUUCAUUUAUAGUAUAUUUCAAAAACUGUGAUAUUUAUUUGGUAUUCGAUAUAUUUUAAUUUCAUCGAUGUUAACUUAGGAACUGUUCAACUUAUAAAGUGUCUUCAAAAAUUAAUGUGAACAUAAAUGUUACUGACCUCAAUUAUUGUGAAAUAUCUUUAUUCUCCUUUUUUUGAAUAGGCAUACCUCUCAUUGUAACUGAUACAUAUCUUCUUAAACCUACUGUAACUUGGAUUUUUACAGUAAAACUUAUUGAACCAUAA